AUGUUUUCUCCGACAAAAUUAGACUUUACAUAUAUCAGAGAUCUAACACAGGUGAAAAGCCAUAUGUCUGUCCUGAGUGCGGGAAAUACUUUUCAGUGA